AUGCUCACUAGAAUAUAUAGUCCGAUAGUAAGACUUUACAUGAAUUCGCCAAAGAUUGGCGUCAUUAAUAGAUGUAUUCAUAAUUCUCCUAGACAAGAAAUGUUAUUCGAGGGAAAUAUAAUAGGAAUAGGGAAAACAGAAGAAGAAAGAAUGGGCUCUAUAUUUGGGGGAAGAUUGAAAGGUGAACCACCGAAAUCAACCAGUAGAAUAAUAGUUGGACAAAGUAAAAAAAUUGCCGGCAUUGAUGUGCCGAUGAAACCUCAAGAACCAGAUAACUGUUGUAUGUCGGGAUGCAUUAACUGUGUUUGGGAGCUUUAUAAUGAUGAUGUCAGAUAUUGGAGAAAGCAGAGAAAAUUAGCAGCCGAAGACAUUGCUAUGUCUAAUGAAAUUUGGCCAGCUGAUUGGGAUCCACCUUUAACUGCAAUACCAAUGAAAAAUGUACCUGGUGUAUUGAGAAAACAGAAGCUUAAAAUGGACAAACAAGUUGAAACUAAGAAAAUGAAAUCGAGGGAUGAAGUUAGAUCAUUAUUCCCAAAGAGAGAAAGUCCAUUACCUAAAGCCGUAUUAGAAGCUAGGGCUAAGAAUCAACAACUACAUUCAUCUACACCAAAGAAAGAUAUCCUUGAGAAUGAAGAUGACGGUUGGGGCGAUGUACCGGUACAUAUUAAAGCGUUUGCAGAAUUUGAAAGGAAAAAACAUAUUUUAGCAAAAGAAAAUAAAAUAAAGCGCAGAAGGGCUAACCCUCUAUUAGCUCAACUAAUAAAACAAGAAGAAGAAUAUGCCAAUAAAAAUAAAACUGUAUAA